AUGGUAAAACCCUUUAAACCCAAAUCUCUAUUUGAUCUCCGAAAGCACUGCCCCUUGCUGGGUUCUCACACAUUUCUCAAAUUUUCAUCCCUACCCAACAUUUCUGCCGAGAAUAACAAGUUUGCGUACCCUAAUUUAGUCAAUAACGUUUCCAAAAUCCUGUGUGAUCCUCGUUGGUAUGAAAACAAAGAACUCAAGCAUGUUAGUCAUAAACUCCAGCAUAUCCAUGUUGCCAGAAUUGUAAGUUCCCAUAAAGACAUAGAUGUAGUUAUCCGAUUCUUCUAUUGGAUCUCAAAGAACUAUUCUUAUAAACAUGAUUUGAGUUCCUACAAGGCGAUGUUAACCAGGUUAGUUCGUGAAGGCCGAUUAGCAGAUACAGAUCAUAUUAGGGUUCUAAUGGUGAAAGAGUGUAGAACACAAGAAGAGCUUAUGGGGGUUGUUGAUUACUUGAAUGAACUUAGAAGUAAAGGUCUUGCUUAUAGUUUAUAUAGCUCUAACACAUUAUUGAUUCAGAUGGGAAAGUUCCAAAUGGUCGAUGCUGCUAGGGAUCUCUUUACACAGAUGAUGAGUUCUGGGAUUAAACCUAAUUUGUUGACAUUCAACACCAUGAUUAACAUGUUGUGUAAAAAGGGUAAAGUUCAAGAGGCAGAAUCUUUCUUAGAUCAGAUGAGUCAGUAUGAUUUGUAUCCAGAUGUAUUCACCUUCAGUUCUAUGAUUCUUGGUUAUUGUAGGAAUAGAGAUUUAGAAACUGCUUUUAGGGUAUUUGAUCGUAUGAUAAAAGAAGAUUGUGAACCAAAUUCAGCAACAUAUACAAAUCUUAUAAACGGGUUAUGCAAAGAGGGAAGAAUCGAUGAGGCAUUGGACAUGCUUAAAGAAAUGAUGGACAAAAACAUCGAACCCACUGUUUAUACAUUCACUGUUCCAAUUUCCUCACUAUGUGCAUUUGGUCAAGUAAAAAAGGCCAUUGAUCUUGUAGUUAUGAUGACGAAAACAAAUUGUGUUCUAAAUGUGCAAAACUACACAGCUCUUAUCAGUGGCUUGUUUCGUAUAGGACAAGCUGAGGUGGCACUUGGAUUCUACCAUAAGAUGUUGAGAGAGGGUUUGAUUCCAAAUGUGGUUACUUAUAAUGCUUUGAUAUAUGAGUUAGGUCAAAUAAGAAGGUUUGAUGGUUUGUUUAUGAUCUUUGAUUGGAUGGAGAGAAAUGGUAUGCCAAAUACCGAAACAUACAAUCAAAUGAUUACCAUUUUGUGUUUGAUGAAGAAUUUCCAAAAGGGUAUGGUUCUUUUGAGUAAAAUGACCAAAGUAGGCCCUUUUCCAACUGUUGUUUCAUAUAACACACUAAUUAUCGGAUUCUUGAAACAGAAUAAUUUAAAGAAUGCAAUGAGGUUAUUGAGUUUGAUGAAAGCAAACGGGUGUAAACCAGAUGAGUGGACUUAUGGUGAACUUAUUUCAGGGUUUUGUGAAACAGGGGAUCUUGAUGGAGGUUUGAAUCUUUUUCAUGAAAUGGUAAAUCAAAAAUUGACACCCAAUAAAGUCCAUUAUACCACUUUAAUAAACGGUUAUUGCAAAAAGGGGGAAGUAGAAUCUGCAAUUGUGUUAUUGGAAAAGAUGGAAGCAGAUAAUUGUAGGGCUGAGGUUGAAACCUACAAUGCAAUCAUAUCUUGUUUGUCAAAAAGGAAUCGAUUACAUGAAGCUGAAAGAUUAUGUGAGAAAAUGGUGGAAAAAGAUGUGAUUCCAAAUGUGAUUACCUACACAACUUUAAUCGAUGGGUUGUGUAGAAAUGGUAGUGUUCAUCUUGCUUUCAAGAUUUUCCAAGAAAUGGAAAAGAAAAACUGCACACCAAAUUUGUUGACUUAUAGUUCAUUGAUCUAUGGCUUAUGUUUGGAAGGAAAAGCAAAUGAAGCAGAAAUAUUACUUGAAGAAAUGGAGAAGAAAGGAAUCACUCCUGAUUACGUGACAUAUACUUCAUUGAUCAAUGGAUAUGUGUCACUAAAUCAAAUAAGUCAUUCAUUUUCAGUUUAUAAAAAGAUGAUUGAUAAAGCAUGCAAACCGAAUUACAGAACUUUUCAAGUCUUGUUAAAAGGGUUAGAAGCAGAAAGUCGGUUGCUUUUUGAAAAAAACACGGGCCCACAUGAAAAAGAUCCAACCUUUACUAAUCUUUUAGUUAAAAUGUCUGAAUACGGAUGUGGGCCCACAGUUGACACCUAUAGCACCAUGAUUAUUGGUUUGUGUAAAGAAGGAAAGAGUAAAGAAGCAGUUGAGUUGUUCAAGAACAUGGAAGAAAAUUCCAUGAAUCCUGAUCGAAAUAUUUACCUCUCUCUCAUAAACACACUCUGUAAAAACUCAAAAGUGGAAACUGCUUUAGAGUUUUUUGAUUUGAUUAAGGUAAAAGGGUUUGAACCUGAUAUCAAAACGUAUAAAGUUCUUAUUUCUGCUUUAUGUAAAGAAAGACAAGUGAGUAAAGCUCGUGUGUUAUUUGAAGACAUGCUUGAUAGACAAUGGGACACUGAUGAGAUUGUGUGGACUGUUUUGAUUGAUGGGGUUUUUAAGGAUGCUGACGUGGACACUUGCUUAUGUUUUAUCCAUAUAAUGGAAUUAAAAAACAGAGUUCCUAAUUUUCAGACGUAUGUAAUGUUGGCAAAAGAAUUGUCAGCAGUUGAUGGGAGUUGUGAUAUUCAUGAGAUAAAUAUGAGGUGCAAACAAGCCAUGGAAAUAGAAAUCCUGCACCAAAUUUGUAGCAUCUGAUUUUUUUUUGGAAAGAUGUGGUAGCGUGGGGCCUACGGAUAAAACAUGAUCAUUAGAAGGAUUCAAGUAUUUUGCUUCUAGAAGGCAAGAGAAAACUUGGUGUCAAAUCAAAAUAAAAAGCAUGAUCAUGUUUUAUUUUUGCAUCAAAAUGAGCUUUUCUUGCUAUUUAUGACACAUGAAGCAAGUUUCUCAGAUUUCUGGUUUAGUAAAUCCAUUUAGCAAUGAUUCCAACAAGUUCUUAAAUACAUUUAGAAGCCACAUUAGAUGUUAUUCAACGAGAAUUUAUCAUCUUUAUACAUAGAUUUGUUAGCCAUGAUGCUCAAUCAUGCUUUGUAAAGAUUUGAGUAAUAGCUUACACCCAUGAUUUUGAUCUUCUGCUGUUGAUGCAUCAAAUGUUAUAAAGUUCUUUUUUUGACUUAUAAGGUCAAAACAUUUUUAUUUUUGAGAAGAUACAAAUACAGUUUUUGAAUAAGUUGUAUUACUAUUGAAGUAAAAAAAAAUAUAUUUGUACAUUUGACCUCAUGAAAAGUAUAUAUAAAAGUUGUGAUGUCAUAAUACAUGUUUGUAAAGGUUUAAUCUCCUUGUGAGGAGCUAUAAAAGUCC